AUGAGUUGGCGUUAUGAUUCAAAAUAACAAAAAUUGGUAUAUAUAGGAACCCAGAUAUACAAGCUUAGUUCACAUCUAAUUGAAGAACAAAGAGAGUCCAUACACCUCAACAUCAAUGGCUACCCUCAUUGUGCACACCCAGUUUUCUCCCAAAGAAGAUGCUGUAGCAAUCAAUAAUGCUGUCAAAGGAUUGGGGGCAGACAAGAAGACUUUGAUCAAUAUAUUGGGACACAGAAAUGCAGCUCAAAGGUAUCAAAUCAAGCAAGCUUAUGCUGAAAUUUUCCAAGAAGAUCUUGUCAAGCGAUUCGAGUCCGAACUCUCUGGAGAUUUGGAGAAAGCAUUCUAUAGAUGGAUGUUGGAUCCAGCAGACAGAGAUGCAGUUCUUGCUAAUGUAGCCAUCAAGAAAGGCAGUUCUGAAUAUCAUGUCAUCGUCGAAAUCGCUUGUGUUUUGUCUCCUGAUGAGCUCUUGGCGGUGAGAAAGGCAUACCAGGUUCGAUACAAGCACUCUUUGGAGGAAGAUUUGGCUUCACAUACCUCUGGUGACCUACGUAAGCUUUUGGUUGGUCUAGUGACUUCAUAUAGGUACAGUGGUGAAGAAAUUGAUGCAAAAUUAGCUGAAAAGGAAGCUGAUAUUCUUCAUGAUGCUAUCAAAGAUAAGAAGUAUAAUCAUGAUGAAGUUAUUAGGAUUCUGAGUACAAGGAGCAAAACACAACUCAUGGCGACUUUUAAUCGUUACAAAGAUGACCAUGGUUAUUCCAUCAAUAAGGGUUUAUCGGAUGCGCCGGAGAAUGAUUUCACUAAGGCACUCCAUGCAACUAUAGAAUGCAUCUAUGACCACAUCAAGUACUAUGAAAAGGUUUUACGCAAUGCGAUGAGGAGGAUUGGGACUGAUGAGGAUGCAUUGACUAGAGUGAUUGUUACAAGAGCUGAGAAAGAUUUGAAGGACAUUAAGGAACUUUAUUACAAGGAAAAUAGUGUGUCCACUGAUGGAGAGCUUGCAAAGGAGACUUCUGGGGAUUAUGAACAAUUCCUCCUCACUCUCCUGGGAAAACAAGAUUGAAUUUCUUAUUUAUUGCCAAUUUAAAUUUUGGAUUCGUGAUCUUGUGUGUCAGUUGGACUAUUGUGAUCAGUUUGUGUUUCCUAUGAUGGACUACUGUACGUGUUGUGACUUGUGAGUUUGUCUUUCCUAUAAUUCCUAUGUUUUCUGGUAUUAAAAUUUCACAGUGUGUACGUUCUCUAUUGUCUAAUAAUAAAAUGAGAGUUUUGUUUUU